GCGGGAGGAGGAACCGGGCCGGGGGGCCCAGGUGAGGCCGGCGGGCGGGGAAGGAGCGGCGAGGCCUCGAGGAGGGCCAUGGCGAGGCCCGGCGUGCGGAGCCGGUGAGCGGCGGCCUCCCCUCGUCCCUCCGGUCCAUGGUGCUGCCCUCCUGCCCCAUGGCGGAGUUCGUGGUGCCGCGGCACAGCGCGGUGAUGGAGCGGCUCCGCCGGCGCAUCGAGCUCUGCCGGCGACACCACAGCGCCUGCGAGUCCCGCUACCAGGCCGUGUCCCCGGAGCGCCUGGAGCUGGAGCGCCAGCAAACCUUCGCCCUGCACCAGCGCUGCCUGCAGGCCAAGGCCAAGCGGGCCGGCAAGCACCGCCAGCCGCCCCCGGCCCCACCGCCCCCCGCGCCACCUCCGCCCGCAGCGGCCGUCGCGGGGAGCGCCGAGAGGAGCGGAGCCAACGGCCUGGAUGGAGAGGCGGCGAGUGGAGAGCAGCACGGCCGCGGCAGCACGCUGAUCGCGCAGCUCCAUGAGACUGUGAAAAGAAAGCUUGAUAGUGCUGCUUCCCCUCAGAACGGAGACCAGCAGAAUGGCUUUGGUGAUGUAUUUUCAGUUUCCAAGAAGCUGCGUCGUGAUGACGGUCUUGGUGGAGUGAGUGGUUCUUCCAAUGGAAUGCCCCCUGUGUCUCCACUCCAUCAUCUUGACAAGAAAUCUGCCAGUGGAGAUACCUUGCAGCUUAAUGGAAAACAUCCGAUGGGACUCGAUGGCAUCAGCAAGAAGUGUCUUCCAGAUUCCAGUCUGCAACUGAAUGGAGGUGGUGAUGCUGAUGAUUCAUUUCCUCUGAGUUUGAACAAAGAGCUGAAGCAGGAGCCUGUAGAUGAUCUUCCGUGUAUGAUUGCUGGAGCAGGGGGUUCUAUAUCUCAGAACAACUUGAUGCCUGAUCUUAAUCUUAACGAGCAAGAAUGGAAGGAGCUUAUUGAGGAGCUUAAUAGGUCAGUGCCCGACGAAGACAUGAAGGAUCUCUUUAAUGAAGACUUUGAAGAGAAAAAAGAUGCGGAUUCUUCAAAUUCAGCUGCACAGACUCCAUUACCACAAGAUAUUAACAUAAAGACUGAGUUUUCCCCUGCACCCUUUGAGCAGGAGCAGAUGGGAUCUCCGCAGGUUAGAUCUACUUCUUCAGGUUCAGCAUUCAUGGGUGCUGCCUCUGUUCCUGUAAGUGCUGCGUCUCCGGUGGUCGGUAGUUCUCAGGCUAUGUUUCAGCCUUCUAGUCAGUCAAUGACUGAAAAUGCUAAUCAGCCCAUGAUGCAGGCAUCAAACCACGCUCAGAACGUCCAGAGACCUCUCUCCAAUGUGCUUUUACCUGGGAAGGGGGCAGGAAGUGCCAAAGAAAUGUCCUCUGCUCAUCAACUCCAGCAGAUUGCUGCCAAGCAGAAGAGAGACCAGAUGCUGCAGAACCAGCAGCAGGCUUCCCAAGUCCACCAAACCAAUCAGAUGUCUACCUGGCAGUCUGGGCCUUCUCACAGCCCACUGGCCGUUCCAUAUACCAUGGAAAAUCCCACCAGCCCUUCAGUUUACCAGCCGGACUUCAACAAUCAGAAGCUCAUGAUGCCUAAUAUGGGAAAUAAAAGCUCUCCGAGAGCUGGAGGCAACUACCAUGUGAACAUACUGGGUCAUCAGCAAAACAGCAUGAACCAGAACCCUGUGAAUAGUCAAGGCUCAGUGCUAGACUAUGGGAACACCAAACCUCUUUCACAUUACAAAGCAGAAUGUGAACAGGGCGUUGCAGUACCUGGUCAGAACAAGACUCCCAUGUUGGCUUACAUGCAGCAGCGCCAGCAGCAGCCACUGUCUCACGUGGGUGAUGACCAAAAUGGAAUGAUCCUGUUGAAACCCAAGUCUGGAAACAUUACCUACCGACUGCCGCACAGUCAGGAUCAAACCACAUCUCCUAAUGUUCCUCGUGUUCCAGUUUCUGUCCCGGGUGCUGGUGUUGGUGCCCAGGCUCCCAAUGUCACCAUGGCAGGGAACCACAGCAACCAGUCGUAUCUUAGCAAUCAGCAGCAAGCAGCAGUGAUGAAGCAGCACCAAAUGCUGAUGGACCAGCAGAAACAGAGAGAGCAGCAACAAAAGCACUUGCUCAUGGAGCAACAGAAACAGCAGUUCCUAAUGGAGCAGAGACAACAACAUCUCUUAGUUGAGCAGGAGAAGCAGCGGCAGCAGCAGGAGCAGCAGCUGCAGCGACACCUGACCCGGCCACCUCCCCAGUACCAGGACCAGCAGCAGAACCCGUACCAGCAGCAGGUUGGGCAGUUCACAGGAUCGUCUUCAGCCAUGCCUGGGGUCAGUAAUUUAGGACAGUCCAGCUCCAGCAGUCCACGGAUGUUUCCUCAGACCCAGAACAUGAUUCAGAUGGGACCUGGACACACUUCUGUCGCACCGCUGCAGUCUGGCUCCAGCCAGCAGGACCGGGGGGUGUCUCAGUACGGCAACAUGCAGAACAUUCAGCGAGGGGGGCUGUACAGCAUACCGUCAGGUAUGGUUCCCCAGCAUGCAGCUCAGAGUGCCAAUGGACAGCCACCGAUGCAGAGACAAGGCAGCUUGGGCCAGGGUGCUGCUGUUCCUGCUGGCUAUGGGCAGAAUACCUUAGCAAACUCAAGUAUUUCUCAACAGCACAAUAAAGGCGCACUGAAUCCAACCUUAUCUAAGCCACAGAUGGCAAGAGUACCAGCUGCUAUGGGGGCUCAAAAUCCAUCUUGGCAACACCAAGGUAUCCCUAAUAUUAAUAACCAGACACAAGGAAACGGUGGCUUAGGACCAUUUUCUGCCAGCUCCUCUUUCCACAUGCAGCAAACUCAUCUAAAGAUGGCCAACCAACAGUUUGCUCAAGGAAUGCCUCAGGUAAGCCUCAGCACCAGCAGGCCCAUGACCUCCAUGAAUGCUGCCGUGUCUGGGCAGAUGCUGUCGUCGUCUUUAGGCACGCAGCAGCGGACAAACCCACCUUCACAACAGCAGGUACCCUCACAGCAGGUCUUGCCUGGCAUCAACCAGACUGUUCCGGAUCUGAACGCUUUCAACCAGAAUCCAAAUCAACAAAUGCCCAACAGAGGUAAUAUGCACUGUAGUCAAGGGUACCCGGUGAGGACAACCAGUCAAGAGCUGCCUUUUGCCUACGGCAGCCAGUCAGGCAAUAAUGGACUUCAGAACUUAACUGGUGACACAGAUCUGAUAGACUCUUUGCUGAAAAACAGGACUUCGGAGGAGUGGAUGAAUGAUUUGGAUGAGUUGUUGGGAACUCAUUAAAAGAGGGCUGGGGGUGGGGGGGUUCUACUUUUUUUUAAUUAUUUCAUGAAAUAUAAGCAACACUUGGACCAAAAAACCUGUGGCAUUGAGGAGACUUGCAGGCAUUAGAGGUAAAUGGUUGGGAAAGGGACUGGAGCUGCUUCUCAGUGAGCGCUGACGCGUGGUAAUGGCGCACCAAGCAGGUCUGCAGGAGUAGUGCGCUUUGCCCCGGCGUCUCUGGGGAGUUGCACGUUCAGACAGGUCAAACAAAGCUGUGCGUGUCCCAUCCAGCCUGUCAGAAAUCUCACUUGCAGCGUUCUAAAAUGAGAAAUUUUAAUUAUUUAAGAAUAGAACUGUUUCACAGAAAUAGUGCGGAAAGAAAGCAAAUAGUUGCAGAAAUUUAGGACUUAGUUUUCUGCAGCUGUUACCUGCAAUCAUUAUUGUCCGUAGCUUGACGUGCUGUUGUAGUACUGUCAUCAGAUGUCUGACUUUUUGUUUGAGAAGAGGCUACGUGCACCCGAGUACGCUUGCAAGAUGCUGUGAAUUUUUCCACCGCUGAAGCAUGUGCCUGUACUCUCCAUAAGCAAGUGAUAUUUCACAGUAAGUGUUUCUAGAUGCUGGUGGUAGAUGAAAGGAAGUAUUAAAACCUGGCCAGUUAGUCAAGGUAGUCUUCUUAAUAGAUUGUAGUCUUUUAAGCUGCAGUUUGCACUCUGUUGUAGAGAGGCACAGUUCUUGGCUUAUACCUUACUGUGUUUAAAGGGGGAAUUUCUUAUGGGAGAACUUUUAAACUAUAGUAGGUUUAACAUGAAUUGUAAAGCCAUUUCCUUUGCACCUGUUUCUUCAUAACUUAUUUCCAAAGGUAGUUGUAUUUAAAUGAAGGCUUUGCUUCAUGACAGCUCAUUUAGUUUUCUUUGUUGUAAAAAGUAAAACUAACAUUUGAGAUCAGUUCAUCCCCCAAAGCGAGCAGUGACACAAUGAGCACAAGACUUUGUCACUUCAGGGUAAAAUGAGGAAAAAAAGAACUUGGCUGAGAGGUGAAAAGUCCUUAGCAGUAACAAUAGCACAAGCAGCCUGGGAGAAUGCUUGCAUCAAGGUUGCUCCAGUAUUGAAGUCUCCCCCUUUAAAUACUUUUGUUUUUAAUACUGGGUUGUGAGUUUGGUAAUCUUGCUGUAGACAGGUGGGUUUAUCCCGUUAGUAUCCCUUGAAGCAGAUGCUGGUUCUUUAGCUCAGCACAAGGAGACCUCUUGUCCGUGUUGGGAUUACUCACAGGAAGGACUGAAACCACAGUGGCAACAGACAGUGUUCCAAAGUCCUUACUUUUACCAAAAAAGAUCCCUUAUCCACCAACAAACCACCUUGCCUUAACCUUUACUUUAAAAUGAAAAUAAAGUUGAAAGCUUUUGUUUUAAAUGCACAAAUACCUCUUCCCUUUCUAAAUCCACUUCUUUUGGAAAACUCCUUGAAGCUUUUUAACCAAACCCAGCGUUGUGAUUUAAAAGCAAUUUCCCUCAACAGACUGUUCUUCUUCAGGAGUUUUCCACUCUGCAGAAUGUGCGAGAGGAUUUUAUUCCAGUGGGUGAGGGGAAGCGAAGGACAACGUGGAAUUCGAAGAAGGAAAAUGCGUUCCUGUAUCUGCAGCUCCUUUGUCAGACAAUUUGCACUUUUAAAAACUGCUUAUUUUUAACACUAAUACUUUAACCCUUUCCAAAUAUGCAUGGAACGUGGUUUGUCCGACACGCUCGCCCUGUGUGGACGAAUUGCGCUCUGUUGAGCAGAUUUGAUGCUGUUGAGCCGCUGGCAAAAGAUGCGGUUGGUCGGUGGAUCCCACCGUUGAGUAGUGGAUAGAACUUCACUGAAGCAGACGUAAUCCCUUGUAGAGCUUUCGCAGAGGUAACUAAGAUUGUCUUUGGAUGGGAAGACGAAGGUGUUAGUUGCUUUGGUUGUUGACACUUAUGAUAUUCUCUAGAAUAAGUAGUUGAGAUGCAAAUAACUGAUGCUGACUUUUCUUGUACUGGCAAUCUAAGGAAAGAGCUAGUGAGUGGUUUAGUAUUAAACCAAAAACUGGUCCCAGGUAAGUGUCGUUAGCGUAUAGAUAAACUAGCAAUGGCAGGGGAAGAAAUGUUUGCUGUAUUUUUGUUUUUAAGGGUUAACUUUGCACCAGUGUGCCUUCCCUUCCUGCUGGGGGUGUUUGGGACCUCAUAAUUUCAAGUGACACCCUUCAGUGUCGCUGUUUCCACUCCCCCACUCCCCCCUUGCCCCUUACAAACACUUGAGAGAUAUAACAGGGUAGUAGGAUUCAGCUUUUUGUUCUUCCCUGUUCAGUGUGCUGAAAUCUGUGACGUUCUCUGGUAGAUUUUGCACACAGUCUUUGUUCUGAAUAAGUGAAAAAAUCCAUCUGCUUUUAAUUUCUUAAUCAGAGGAAAAGAGCAUCUUCUGUUUGCAUUAUUGCUACCAAAAAGGCAAUCCAGCGUAAUGCCCAGUGAAAUGCAGCUGUGCUCUUUCCUCCGCUGUUUCUGGAAGCUGAGGUGGAUAUUGCCCUGUUUGACCAGAGGUUUGUUCAGGAAGGUAUCGAGUUUUGGUGACAGGGCCUUUUCAUGGUACUGUUGAACUAAAAUGAAGUGUGAUUCUAGGCAGCCUGCCUUAUGAUGCCUGUUGGUCUUCAUGUGUGAACGGGAUCCAAACUCCACGUGACCGUAGGAAGAAGCAGCCCUUGCUUCUGUUCUUGGGCCCCGUCGCAUCAGGCUGUUAGGUAUCACUGUAACAAUGCUGAAACAGUUGAAAGGAAAGGAAAAUACGGUUUAGAUGUCUGUAGGUGCAUGGGUAGGGCUGAGCUUUGCCUUUAUGCCCUUUUUCAUGUAGCUGUCUGUAUAUGCACUUGGGCUUUCCAUUUGCUGCAGCUUCAGAGCAAUAAAAUGUAGCUCCCCUGAACUGCACCUGGCCAGCCGCCCAUGGCUUUAUUUAUAAACUGCGGUUUUGGUUGGGUGGGAAAGGUGAGAGUGUCACUGUGCAACAUCCACUGCCUUCCAAAAACCACGACUCGAUUGAAAAGGGUGCUCAAAAUUUUGUUAUACACAUUUCCUUUGUGUAAAUAAAUGUUUACAAUUUUAUAUUAAAGAUUUGAAUAAGAGUUAGAUCUUCUGACUGUAUAUUUUUUACUUUUUAUAGAUUUUAAAACUAUAAUUCUUUAUAUAUGUGUUUGGGGGGUAUUAUGGUAAGUUUUAUGCUUGUAAAUGGAGAACAGUUGAAUUUGAUGCUAACCUUUAUGAAUUUUUGUCAUUGAAAUGUAUAAAGAGUCCAUUAAUCCCCUUAUUCUUUUACUACAAUUACUGGUGCACACCAAAAAGAAAUCCUUCACUUCUGUUUUAUCAUUAUAAAAUAAAUAUUUUGCUAGUGUAUGAAACAUG